AUGGACAUGAGUACAAAUCUUUUUGGGGAAAUCCAAUUGCCUGAGUAUCUGGUGCAUUAUUCUUCAAUGGGAGUAACACUAACAGUUGUUGGAGAUUCUUUGGGUGUGAUUUAUUCAAACCGUUGUACAGUUGUGGGUUCAAGCACUAACAAGAUAUGGGUUAUGAAGGAGUACAAGAAACCGACUUCAUGGACAUUGAUAUAUGAUGUGCAUUAUCUGGAUACGGAUUUAGGGAGACCUUUGAAAUUGAGACAUAAUGGGGAUUUGAUAACUGAAUCACGUAGAUGCAAUUUAACAAUCUAUAAUCGUGAGGCAGGGUGUUAUACUGUUGAUGGAUGUUGUAGCAAAGGUGUUGUUUUAUGGUCGAUUUCUAUUGAUAGAUAUGAGGAGAGCUUAGCAUUGUUAGAUGUUGAAAGUGGUGGUAACAAUGAAGAGUGA